AAUGUUGCUGACUUAUUGAUUUUCCCCGUCACAGCUCUAAGGUGGUCUUUCUAGUCUACGUCCGCGGAGCAUCCACGCCCUGCAAUAUAAUUGUUCAACAAUUCAUUCAAUAGUUUUUUUAUUUGAAUUAGUCUUAACUUAUUUUCAAAUAAUAAACUAAACAGCUUUUUAUUCUUUGCUAAUUUCACUUAUUACCAUACUCUAAAACUUAUUGACAUUUCUCAAAAUGGAUACAAACGAUAUUCAUGAUGUACAUCAACUUACUCCUACUCUACAAAAUGUAGUCAACCAGGAUAGUUUGAAAUGGAUUUUUGUCGGCGGUAAAGGAGGUGUUGGUAAAACUACUUGCAGUUGUAGUUUGGCCAUACAAUUAACUAAAGUCCGUGUAUCAGUACUUUUAUUAUCAACUGAUCCAGCACACAAUAUAUCUGAUGCUUUUGGACAACGAUUUACAAAAUCCCCUACUAAAGUCGAAGGUUUCAACAAUUUAUUUGCCAUGGAAGUAGAUCCUGAUGUUGAAGAUGAAUUCGAAAAAUUUUUUGGAAUUAACGAUGCAUCUGAAUCAAUGAACUUGCGUAACAGUUCUAUGAAAUCUAUUCUAACAGCUAUUCCAGGUAUUGAUGAGGCAAUGAGUCACACUCAAAUAAUGAAGUUAGUGGAUAGUAUGGAAUUUUCAGUUGUUGUAUUUGACACAGCUCCUACUGGACAUACUUUGAGACUACUGACAUUCCCUUUGAUGAUGGAAAAAGCUAUAAGUAAAAUUUUGAAACUUAAAAAUAAAUUAGGCCCUUACAUAAAUCAAAUUUUUGGGCUUUUUGGAGGUGAUAUUAAUGUUGAUGAUAUUGCAAGAAAACUUGAAGAAAUAUUGGACACAAUUAAAUCUGUUAAUGAACAAUUAAAAAAUCCUGAUAAAACCACAUUCGUUUGUGUAUGCAUUGCUGAAUUUUUGUCAUUGUAUGAAACAGAAAGGCUUAUUCAAGAAUUAACCAAAAAUGAAAUUGAUACUCAUAAUGUUAUUGUUAAUCAAUUAUACAUUACCAAUGGCCCUUCGGACCAUAAUUGUAAAAAAUGUUCUUCUAGACAGGCAUUACAGCGCACUUAUCUACAACAGAUAAAUGAUUUGUAUCUUGAUUUCCAUGUCACUAAGCUUCCAUUGUUAGAAAAUGAAGUACGCGGUGUUUCUGAUCUAUCAGAGUUUUCUAAGUUCUUAAUAAACCAAAAUUAUAUGUUAAAUAACAUCAAAUAGACCAAUGAAGCGAAUGUGCCAAGGCCAAAAAGUAAUCAUUGUUAAUUGUAAUAAAUCAAGGACAUGAGGUACGAGAAAUAUAAUUAUAUUCUUAAUUUUAUUUUAUUGUCGUACUUUGCUUUGUAAGCAAUGAUCAUAGUAUCUUUUAAAAAUAAGUUAAUGUUGUAAGUGUGUGUUGAAUUAAUUAACUAAAUAAUAGCGUUCAUGCAUAUUUACUUUAGAGAAUAAGUAUCUUCCUGGAAAAGCACAUACAAUAGUUUGUACAUUAUUUCAGUUCAGUUCUCAUAAUAAAUUAUUAAUCAAUUAAAUAUAAAAUGUAAAAUGUUUUGACAUUUCAU